AUGAAGCUGGUGAAGUCACUAAGCCGUUUACAAGGGAUGUUUAAUCGUACCAUUCGUCUUCUCGAAGCUGGAAUCAAUUCAAGCCUGUGUAAUGUUCUUCUUCUUCCACAUUACUUUCUCUGUGGUGGUUUACUUUUUACUAUUACUUUUUCUUCAGAAUGUUUUUGUUACAGCUAUGUCUUUGAUGGGAAUCCCCGGGAGUUAAAGAGGCAAGAACUGGCUAAACGGCCACUUCUGAAGCAGGAGCGCAAUGUGCUGCACUCUGCAAAUCAGGAAAGGUGUAUGGUGUGGCUUCCGAAGAUAUGGGAUUCCUUUAACUUUUGGGGCUCCUAAGUUUCUUUGCCACCUCAUGGAUCCUACUAGCUCCAGAAAGAUCCCUGUCAUGGAAUUUGUUUUUGCUUUUAUGCUUAUCUCGGUUUCCUUGUUAGUCUCUCUUUUCUCAGUGGUAGAAAAUUCAGUCAGGUCUGUACUUCAUUUGCAUCCUAUGGUUCAUGUGAAGGUGCUUCUGUCUGUAUUUGUGUACUAAUAUCAGAAUCUUAAUGUGAUGUAAAAGCAAG